UUAUUUUCCCCUUCAUUUCGUGAUCGUGUGCAAUCGUGUGUGAUACUGUGAUUUUAGCACUCCAAUAUAUAAACGCCAAUAUUUCUUAAAUAUUGUCACAUUGUGUAGUUGUGUUUCAUCAUAUCUUCAAAGUGAAAUUAUUGAAUAUUUUUAAUAUUCCAAAUCUAAUUGAUUUGUACAAAAAAAUAUAAUAAUUUAUUGACAAAAACAAACGAUAUUAUACUCGAAAAAAGAAAAGCCUUGUAAAACAAAAAUGGUUGACGCAAAAGUUAACAUGUCUCUCGAUGAAAUCAUAAAGCUGGGACGAAAGGAUAAAAAAAAGAGACCAGCAACAACAAAAUCAGGAUCAGCUGGUGGCAAAGGUGGAGUUCCUAAAAGAAAUAAUGCUGCAUCAGUUAAAGGCAAUCGUCAGCCAGGAAAUCGUCAACCACGUAAUACUAUUAAUAAUAGUAACAAUAAAUUACGUCAACAACGUAAUAUUGUAAGAGGACGUUCAGCAAAUAUUAAAAAUGGAAGAAUAAUAAAACAACAAGGAAAUGUUUUAAAAAAAAGUCAAGCAUGGCGUUUACAACGUCAUCAGAGCAAUAACAAUGGCUUUGUUAAUAAAAAUUUGAGACAACAAAAUGUUGGUGUUGUUGGUGGCUUAAAACGUUCACAAAGUAAAACAAAUUUAAAAAAAUCAACAUCACAAAAUCAACUUAAUCAAGUUAAUAAUAAAAAAAAAACAACUAAUUUUACUUCACGUCGUCCAUCACGUGUUACUAAUCCAGCUGUUAAUGGUAAAACUGGAUUAACACGUUCAAAAAGUCGUACAAAUAUAACAACAUCAACAUUAAAACGUGUUUUAACAACAAAAGGACUUAAACGUACAAGUAGUCUUCCAAAUUUACGUGAUCCAUUGUCUGUUCAUAAUCGUCUUGGUUAUCAGAGUCCACAACAAGUUGCAUAUAGAAAUCGUGUUAAACGAGCAAAACAAUUGUUGUUACAAAGACAAAGCCAGAGACAAGCUCCAUCUGACUUUUUGAAACCACGUCAAUCAAAAGUACCACGUGCUGCUGUUCAACAACGUGGUUUAAAUCGUCAACAAGCACUCACAUCACCAAGAUCACCAAGAUCAUCAUCAUCAUCAACAUCGUCAUUUAACAAUACUGGAGGAUUACGAUCUGAUCAAAUUAUUCGUGCUCAAAGACGUGCACAAUACAACCAAAAACUCAUGAGGAUGAAUGCUGCAAGAAUGAAUCCAAAUUCAAAUGUCAACUUUAUGUGUACACUUGGUGAUGCAUACAGUCCAGGUUCUCGUCAACGUUCAACAAGUCAAAAUAGAAAUGGCAAUGCUCGUCAACAACGAGGAAGAUCACCAUUCCGUCCAAAUCAACAAUCUCAUAAUUCACGACAAAUGUCAAGAGCACCAUUCCAAAAUCGUCCACGAUCACGUUCAAGAUCACGUUCACGUUCACGCUCAAGAAAUGUUCCAGUUGCUCCAGUUGGUGCUAAUGUUGAUGAUCGUACAUUCUCAGAUGUCAUGUAUAGUGUAUCAAAUAAUCUUGGCAUCACUGGUAGAACCCUCAAUGACAGAUUCAGUUAUUGAAACAGUGCAACAAUAUAUAUUAAUAAAAUUUAAAUUAAAAAAAUAUAUUACAACUGUGGUUUAAAAAAAUAAAAUAAUAAUUAUAUUUAAAAUUAAUUCGAGUCGUAAAAUUUAAUCGUAAAAAAAAAAAAAAAAAAAAUCAUGUAUAGAUUAUGUUUUUAAAUAUGUUUAUUAUUUAAAAAAAGAAAAAAAAAAUAACAAUAAAUUAUUAAUAAUAAUUAAAGUUUGUAAAUCAUUUGUGAAUUUGAAAAGGUUUUGAUUUUUCAAUAUUUUGUAUAUUUUUUUUUCUCUUGUGGUAUUAUAAAUUGAAAAAAAAAUAAUAAUAAUUUCAAUUAAAAUACGUAAUAUCAAAACAAUUAGUAUUGAAUAAUUAUCGUAUUCAUAAUUUUUUUUUCAUUAAAAAUAAAUAAUACAAAUAGUAUCAAUUAUAUAAAAUUUAUUGUUUCAUUAUUAUUACUAUUAUUAUUUAAUAAUAAAUAUAACUUGAACUAGAUUAAAGUAAAUUGACAGUGAAAAAUAAAUAUAAAUAAAUAAACUGAUUUGAAUAUUUCUCAUUUAUUAUAAUUUAUAAUCAAUACCUAAUUUGUUUUUUUUUUUUAUUAUUUAAAUAAUAUAUAAAAAAUUAUUAAUGCGUCAUUAAAAUAUUAUCUAAACGAACUUGUGGACUGUACAUGCAUCAAGUGAAUGAUGCUGAGUAAUUUUUAUAAUUAAAAAUGCAACAAAAUUGCAUCGAAUUAAUUUUAAUAAAGUUAAAUAAAUGAUAGAUAAUUUAUGCUACGAUAGUGAAUUGUUUUAUAUUGCUAAAUAUAAAUUUAUUUAUUUUUAUAAUUGAUUCUCAAUGUA